AUGAUCGCGCUGGUAAUGAUACCCACUGCGGCCACUCUUGGGGUCAUUCGGCUGGCAACAAGAUUUUAUCGGAAGGAGUUCGGCUGGGAUGACUUUCCUUUUGUCCUCGCCCUUGUGGCGUCGACCAUAACAACAGCUGGUGUCAAUUUAGGUAAGUUGGAAGAAGAUCUGUGUUUUGGCGCGAACGUGAAGAUAUUAGUCAACACGCUGACUUCCGGCUCCCUAACCGUGGUGCAUGGUUAUGGCAGGCGAGAAGAGGAUAUGGGAGAGAUGGUUCUUCGUUGCCCAUCUUCCGUAGAAGAUUGCUCUUGGCUUCAUGAAAGGUCUUAUUGUCUCCUUUUACCUCCGAGCAUCUAUCAUACAGUCUCGCUAACGCGUGAGAAAGUUUCUUCUGGCCGUCAUCGCCGCAUAGAUAGACCGUCGUAUGUCCAAAACAAAUUUAAAAAAAAGCGAAAAACAUACAACAGUGAGGAUUCGCUGGUGGUCACCCACCCAACUACUAACUCACCGGCGUGUGGCUUAAGUACGGCUGAGCGGACGGGAAGCCCUGUUUUCCACACCCUAUGGUCGUAUGUGCUUGCUGUCAGAUUAAAUGUGAUUACCACCUCAGAACAACCAACCUCUUUAUAG